AUGGAUCUAAUCCAGCUCAACCGCGAGUGUCUCCUGCACCUUUUCUCCUUCCUGGAUAAAGACAGCCGCAGGAAUUUGUCUCUUACCUGCGCGCCGCUGCGGGAUGUCUUCUUCGACGCCCGCCUGUGGAAUGUUCUCCACUUCAGCUCGCUCUCUCAGCUGAGGGGCAACAACUUUGUGCUGGGGCCCUCUUUGCGUCAUCUGUCCAUCUGCUGGCACUCCAGCAGGGUGCUGCAGGUGUGCAAUAUCGAGGACUGGUUGAAGAGCUCCUUCCAGAGGGACAUCUGCAGCAAGCACGACAAACUGGUCAGCAUCUUCCUGGCUCGCGUCUGCCACAUGUGUCCUAACCUGCUAUCCUUGAAGCUAUCUGGCUGCGGACACAUAAGUGAUCAGGACGUGAUCAUCUUGCUGCAGAGGUGCAGGAAGCUGCGUCGCCUCCAUCUGGAGAACUGCGUUCGCAUCACAGACCGCAUCCUGGACGGGGUGGCGUCUUACGGCGUGAGCCUGGGGGAGGUCAAGGUGGACUUUUGCAGGAACAUCACGCAAGAAGGGCUCAAGGUUGUGCGAGAGCAGAGGCCGAACCUGAGGCUGAGUGCGGAGAGAAGUGCAGGCAUGAUCCCAGAUAGUAAGCCCGAGCAGAAGGUGCCGCUCAGGAGAACCUUGCAGAAACUCUUGGAAAUCUCCGGAUAGAAGAGGCGGGGUUUCUCAAGGACUAUAAAUUGUUUAUUCGAAUCCUCCCGUGUGAGCUGGAGUCUAUCCGAGCUGACUUUGGGCGGGAGUCAAUCGCAGGGCCGUUAUGGACCAUAAAACUUCGGGAGAACAUCGAAACUCCACACAGGACUGAAGCCGCAAAAGUGUGAUCUUUGAGACAGACAUCCAAACCACUCAGCCGCAGUGCUGCCUCUCCUUAAUGUAUUACAGUACUACAUAUGCAUCGAGCAGACACCAGGCUUAUCGAAAACAGAAUGCUUUGAUAUAAACGUUUGCCUCGCCAGCGUGAUCAAAUUAAGAGAGCUGUUUUAGGGUUCCAAGUGGAUGCGAGCCCAAACAGACGACUGCAAGUUUGGCGUGUAGCAACAUGAAAGCUUCAAAGCAUCAAUGAAGCGCGUGUUGCCGCUCGGGGCUUCUUUUGACAGUUAGAUGAUUUCAAAAGAAGACAGGUCUGGAAUCACCUGUUGCUUGCGUUGUGCGUUUGCUACUGAACGAAAAGAUUCCGUCACCUCACCUCGCCCACACUGACACGUCACGCUGCAUGUUUGAGCACUUAAAGUGGCUACUCCUGUCUUGCUAAUACAAUAUGUAUGCAAUGCACUAAAAGUGUCCCGAAGGAUACAAAGCAAGUUUGUUACUCCAAAGAGGGAUUCCCUUGUUCAAUUUAUAUUUAAUUCAUAAAUGGAACAAAGCCAUACUGUGACAUACAUACAAAAGACAUCACAUUUGUAUUUUGUGCGUGAAUUGUCACAAACAAUAGACAACAGUGCUUAGCAAUGACGUCAUCACUGAGUAAUAAAAGUGUAUGGAUAAUUAUGAGCCACAAAAUUAUCGUUAAGAAUGACGUGGAAACCUUACGGCCAUACCGCUACGAUAAUAAAGGUUAAGUUGUCUUACGUUAUCUUUCCAUGAGAAGGCCUGAUCUCGCAAGAAUGGCGUACACAUUGAAAUUGGAAAAAAAAACAGCCAUUUUGGGUCCCUUAAAGCAGUGGUUUUCAAAUGGAGUGCCGCGAGCUGUCGCUUGGGAUAAUUAGCAAGAUGCGAUGUUGUAUCAUAUUUAAAAGUGCCUAGAACCAGUAAAACAAAUUAAACCAGUUAUUCUUCAGGACCUUAGCUGUGGGACACCAUGAACAAAAAGCAUUUACUACAGGAAUUAAAAUGCUAAAGGCAAUUUUUAAAUGAAUAUAGUCCUAUUAUAUUGUCUUAGUAUAUAGACUUUGACAUUUAUGUUGAAACUUUGAGAUAUGAUUGGGGAAUAAUUAAUCUUGUCAGAUUAUGACUUUUUAUCCGAACAAAAUAUUCAUUAUAUCUACUUGUGUCAAGAUACAGUUUUUUUUCUCUUGAAAAUCGGUAACUUUUUUAUUCCUUCAGCAUUGUGGAGUAUACUUGGUCGUUAUACAGCACUGGAAAAUUUUUUCCCUACAACGUUCGCUUUGACUUAACCACAGCCAUCAUGUCUCCAUUGUCUUUCAAAAUAGAUUUUUCACUAUUUUACGACAGUUCCAACUUCUGUGAACAUUUUUAUUAGAAUAAACCAUUUGAGAUGUAUCAUCUUGCUUUCAACGCAGUUCAUCUGUCAAGUGUCUUUGAAGGCAUCACCUACUACUUUCCUAGGACACUUUGCUCUAAGUCCUGUAUAGCUUUUGCACCAACGGACUGAUUUAUGAGUAUAAUAAUUUAUUCAUUUCGAGUGGAACAAGACAUUUCCAACUUGAAGUGUAGAAGAAUGAUGGUGUUUUUGGCCACUUGCUUACAUCGCAAUGGUGGUAUGGAGACUAAAAAUAGUUUUGGGAAACACUAAUUUUUUCUUAGGAUCUCAAUAAGCAUGAUUAAGUGUUCGUUUUCUCCACGGGCACAAGUAUGUCACAACCAAAACGAAAAACGCACUACGUUGUCACAAUUGUGUUGCUCAAAAUAGUAAGUUUGACAACACUUCUGCAGCUGUGACCUCCUGUGACCAGCAGAGUUGCAUUUUUUUAAAGAGGUCAAAGGUUAAACCAAAAUAUAUGUCAACAGAGGGUAUGAAAGUUCAAGCCCAUUAUUCCAGAUUCCUGUUGAAGCAGUGGUUCCGCCGACCGGCACCAUUUAGUAUCAAGCUGCAGCACAGACAGACAAAAAAAAAAAAAAUCAGCCCCCCACCACACCAGGUUUGGAAUCUAAAUGUAAUCUCUAUUUCCUUAUUUAUAAUUCAUUGGUUUUCCAUUGUGUGAAUGGAAAAUACAAGACUGACUCAUUCAUCCAACGUCACUGUCUAUCCUCGAUCAAACAGGAAGUAGCCUUACAAGUAGCUUACAAAAAUGGUCAGCAAAAUGCACACAAAUAUGAUGCCCCCCGCCUAUUUUCUUUUUCACAUUUUUUGGGCAGUUUGGCCUUGGCAGAGGUCCCUUAUCCUGGUGUUUUGCUCCGGGGUCAUGUUACACUACAGCUGAGCUUAAUAAAGGAUUUGGCCUUGA